AUGGACUUCAUGGUAGGGCUACCAAGGACUUUGGGCAAGUUUGAUGCUAUUUGGGUUGUUGUGGAUAGGUUGACCAAGUUCGCAUAUUUCAUUCCGGAUCAAACUACCUAUAAUUUGGAGAAGUUGGCGGGAUCUACAUUAGGGAGAUUGCUCGGUUGCGUGGAGUGCCUAUUUCUGUCAUUACAAUCGAGGCACUCGGUUCACUUCUCAUUUCUGGAGGACUUUGCAAAAGAAGAUGGGGACUCAGUUGGACUUAGUACCGCACACCUGCAGAUGGAUAGUCAGUCCGAGAGUACUAUUCAGUUCAAUGCAUUCAAGGUGAGACCUUGGGGUACUGAUUUGUUGAGGGAUUCCUUGGAUAAGGUGCAGUUGAUUAAGGACAAGCUUCUUGCGGCUCAGAGUAGACGAAAGGAAUAUGCGGACCAGAAGGUUCGCGACAUGGUGUUCAUGGUUGGUUAUCAGGUUCUAAUGAAGGUUUUGCCCAUGAAGGGUGUGAUGAGAUUUGGAAAGAAAGGCAAGCUAAGUCGGAGGUUCAUUGAUCCUUUUGAGAUUCUUCAGCAUAUUGGUAAGGAUGCUGACAAAAUUGAAAAAUAUACAAGGAGAUUAGUGCUUCAAAUUGCUAUUGUGAAUGUUCCAAGCAAACUCCGGGUUUUUGUGGAUGAAGGUUUUGAAGUGUCAAUCUUAGCAGAUCAUGUACAAAAGUUGACAAUCAAAUUGAAGUCUCCAGUUACGCUGGAUUGUAUAGUUGUAACUAUAGUGUAUGCCAAAUGCACACAAGCUGAGAGAAGGGAUAAAUGGGAAUCUUUGGAGGAUCUGUCCACACAAUGA